AUGUCUGGUUUCCCUGACGAUAUGCCGGAGUAUGGCUUCACUACUGGUCAAGGCCAUCAAUAUCCGGACCCAGAAGCAAGCCAAAGCCAAAGUCUAAUAUGGCCGACCAACGCCCCAUUGACAGCGCAAGGCACUGGUGAUGUCGGUCUGGACAAUGCAAGAGCCGAGUUUGCUGCAAUGAGUACGGAACAGAGGAGACAAAGACGAGAGCAGGUAGAGGGCGCGGAUGAUAUCCUAGAUAUGGAUCUUGGUGAUGAGUCGGACGACUCUGAUCCCGAUUACCUGGAAUUCGGUAGAGGUAUUCGCAAAAUGCAGGAUGAUGUUCGCCAGGCUAGACAUCUAGAGAGUGAUUCGGAUGAAUCUGAUGACGGUCCGAUGAGCCGUAAGACUAAAGGAAAACGACGCAGUGCUCGAGGCGGUAAAGGUCGCAAGGCCGGUAUCAGAGGUCCUAGGAAAGCUGCGGAGCCAACUGGUGACAUCAAACUCCGUUUGGGUCAAGCCAAUCAAGCAUUUUUGAACGGACGUUGCGAAGAGGCUAGAGACAUAGCUUCAGAAAUCAUUCGGAUCAACGCAGAGACUUACGAAGCAUGGACUUUACUAUCCGCAUGCUUCAAGGAAUUGGGCGAAUACAACUCGGCUGUCAAGGCUCUGAUGAUUGCUGCCACUUGGAGGCCAAAGCAUCCUGGACCUUGGUAUGCCGCUUUAUACUUUGCUUUGAAUGAGACGGGCGAUCUGAGAUCGGAGUUCCUUAUAUCUGCGCAAUACGCUGCACAACAGAUACUCAGAGCAAAUUCACAAGAUCUAGAAGCUCGGAGAAUCAAAGCUUCCAUUAUGCUUGAGCGAAGAAACCUCAAUCAUGCAGCCAGGGAGUAUGAGAUCAUUCUCAAGCGUGCUCCUUUGGAUACAGAAGUUGUCCAGACGUUAGCGUCAAUUUAUGUUGAUCUGGGGCAGAUAGAAGUCGCCAUGAAACUUUACAUUAAAACCAUCAAUAAGUUCAAAAAAGCUGAUGUAGAAACUGACACAGUCUUGGUGACAGACGCCUAUGCUUACGUCGAACUGUUCGGUCUCUUGGAAAAAUACAAGGAUGGCAUCAAAGAGCUCAGGUCAGUAGCUCGUUGGUUAGUUGGAAGAAAGGGGGAGGACUUUUGGGAUCAAUUCAUCGAUGAUGAUCGAGAAUGGGACGACGAUGACAUCAGAAGAUCUGAAUGCCCUCAAUUUGAUGCCAAAACAUACCCGGUAGACACAUAUGGUCCAGGACUCCCCGUCGAGUUACGAAUCAAACUCGGGCUAUAUCGCUUAUCCCUCGGUCAUUAUAUGGAAGCUUUGCGCCAUUUUAACUAUCUCAAAACCUCGGAUUACAACGGUCAAGGCCUUAUUGAAGAGUUCCCUCACCUGUUUGAGGAGGUCGGGGAUAACUUGGCUCGAAAAGGUUAUAAUAAGGAUGCCUUAGAUUACUACCUGCCUUUGGCACCAGGUGCUGGUGCCGAAGGUGCCUCGCUCCAACUCAAGAUGGGGAAUUGUUGGCUUGCUGAGAAAGCCGAUCAAGAGGCCGAACUCUGUUUUCAAAAUGCAGUACAAAUGGAAGAGGAUAACAUCCCAGCAAGAAUGGAGCUCGCUAGAUUGUACGAAAGACUAAACGAGAAGGAACAGUCAUUCAUGUAUGUGAAUGAAAUUAUCGCAAUUCGACGAACGCAACGUCAAGUUGAAGAUCCAGAAAGUGUACCAAAGUCCCUUGAUGCUGCAGCUUCCAAAAAGCCGCGCAGGAAACAAACUUCUUUUGCAUCAAUUCGAAGACCACAAUCCCGUUAUGUGCCUCGCAGGCUCCUUCACCCAGCAGAGAGAUUAAAGGAAGAAGCUGCGAGAGCAGAGCAUCUACAGAGCCAGUACUCUAUCAUGAAAAUUGAGCUAGAAAGGAUGAGAGCUGGGGAUGAAACGGCUACCUUGAAGUGGAUGGAGGCUGCUGAAGAUCUUAUAGAUGAUUUUAGAGGGUUCAAAACCUUCUAUCCUUGGGAUAAAUAUGUCAAAUUUUUAGGUUACAGCAACGAUGAUAAAUUUCAGGCGGAGACAAAAUUAGAGACUGAUCUGACCGAAAUGGCUGAUCGUUUGUCAAAAAAACUCGGAGCAGACGCUGAGGACAAGACGAGUGCCACAUCUGCUAGCAUACCAGCUGAUUAUCGUGGCAUCUCCUUCAGCUCCUGGCUGGACAUCUUUCUCGAAUAUGCAAUAUGUCUCGCUAAGGAUGGGAAUGACAGAGAGUCAUAUGAGAUCUGUGAAUCAGCCAGGGACGCAAUUGUCUUCUAUCAUAAGCGCGAGGAUAUGUUUUUGAUACAUGUGUGCUGGGGUACCUGUGCUUUACUUUGUAACGACGAGGAGAUGUGUAUCAGGGUGGCAAGAUAUUUCAUGAGAGAAUAUCAGUUCACCACCGACUCUUAUAGAAUGUACGCGGCUAUAGCUAGGUUGUGUCAGUCUCCGGUCUCGUGGUACUGUUCAGGUCCUGAGCAAAAGUAUAUGCUUCGUCAAGUCAAAGCCAUGGAUUUUAACCUAGUCGACAAAAGUCGUCGACAAAAGGGCUAUGCCGAGAAAGCUGGCUACACGUCUCAGGACAAAAAUGGGAAACCAAUCCUCAAUGAUGAUAUGGACGUCGCUCUCCUCAUGUUAUAUGGACACAUUCUUUACUCUGGAACAAGCUAUGCCUAUUCUUUAAACUAUUUCCUGAGAGCUUAUGCACUCGACCCGAAUAAUGCUAUAAUUAACUUGAACAUAGGCCUUGCUUACGUCCAUCAUUCUCUCAAGAGACAAGCGGAUAACAGGCAAUUCAUGAUCCUUCAAGGUCUAACAUUUCUGUUCGACUACUACAACUCACGUAAACAGUCAGCGGCUGUCGAGGAGCGUCAGGAAGCGCAUUACAAUUUGGCCAGAGUUUACCACAUGCUUGGUGUCUCGCACCUCGCAAUAAAAUACUAUCUUCGUGUACUCAACGAGACCAAAGAUCAUGAAAGCACACGAGAAGAUAUCACGAUUGAUACUGCCCACAAUCUAAAAAUUCUUUGCAUGAUCACAGUAAAGUACGUCGAUCACGAAAACUCAAAUCGGGUCGAAGGCACUAUUAUAGUGGCCGCAGUGACCCUUCUUGAACUAGAUGCGCAAAGUGGGUUAUCCGGUUUCUUGGAGAGUACUAAAACGGCUGGCGAGUCGAAACCACUUACAAAGAUCAGCGCAAACCCCGCCACUGGUAACAAAUUAAAAAACAGUUACAAGCUGGUGGCGGAGUCUCUUGAAAGUGCAGAGUAA